AGGCCCUCUAGGUCAAUUUCAUGGUAACGCUGUAAUCAAAACAAGUUUCCUGCUGUGUGUUUGUGGCUUCGCAAAACUUUGAUUGAAUAAUUAUUUAAUAUUUAAUAUGACAGGAAUAGUGACAGAUAUAGAAAAUCCUCAAGCUCGUGAAUCGUCGUCAAAGCGAAUGAACUUUGUUUUCCGUUGCAUUUCAAAUGGAGAUUUAUCCAGGUUACAGGAAUGUUUUACAAAUGAGCAGGAUCCCUAUUUUGGACUUGUUGAAGGCAAGUUAAAUAGCUUUGACGAAGAUGGUAGAACACCAACAGAAGCUUCGUGUAUCAUGGGUGAUGCAGAUAUGGUUCGGUUUUUACUGGUGAAAGGAGCUAAUCCAAAUGUUCGCAAUAAGCAGUCAGGAAAAUCCGCACUUGAUAUGGCCUGUAUUUUGGGGAGAGAGCAAAUUGUAAAAGAUCUUCUUGAGAAUGGUGCUGAAAUUGACUUGGCAUCACCACGAGGUUAUACAGCACUUCAUCACGCUGCAGCGUGGGGGAGGUUGCAGUGUUUAAAGAUACUAGUAGAGUUUGGUGCUAUUUUAUCUGUUCUCACCACCUACGGAGAAAAGGCCAGAGAUGUUGCACUCAGAUAUAAGCAUGAUGAUUGUGCAUAUUAUCUCGAUUGGUCAGAGGCAAAACGAGGUUUAUUAGCAGUCAUUGGGAACAUGAAAGAAACUAUUGAAGAUCCACAGAAGUUACAAGGAAAACUAAGUAAAGAUGAAAAGAUGACUGUAAUCAAUCUGUGUAGUGAAAAGCAGGAAUGGCUUGACACAGCAGAUCAUGCAACCAUAGAAGCUAUCAUAAAGAAUAAAGAGCAGUUGAUAGAAGCACUGGAACCUAUACAACAGAAACUGCUGGAGCCUGCUCCAGAGAAGCCUCACAGAAGAUGAUCUCUCAGCAGUGGUCACAAUAUUGUAUUCCAUUGGAAGCUUUUAUAUGUAAAUACUUAAGAUUGUAAACAAUUUCUAAGUGUUUAGUUAUCAAAUAAUGCUUUUAGCAUUAUCAUAAAAAAGGGUUAUGUUUAUUGUUUGAAAUUUUUAUUAAAUAUUACAAUUCAAAUUCUGUAUUCAAAUUUUGUAUGAUAGUAAUGCUAUCAAGAGCAAGUAUUUUGCUUAAUCAAUGUGCAAUGUACAGUACAUACAACCAAGGACUUAUAACUGUUACCAGGAUACGCCAAGCCGAUACGCAGUGCGGGCCGCAGUGGCUAAGGAAAGUUUUGUUUUUCUGAGCAUGUGCAGAUUGUGCACAUAAGUCUAAUUCAAGUUAGACGGCUUAAACCAGCCAGCUUCCUAUCCUGGUAACAGUUAUAAGUCCUUGAUACAACGGGGCUUUUUUGCUGUGUUAAUCAAACUACUGACCAAUCAGAGCAGGGCCAGUAAUAAGCAAGUCCUACAAACGCAUGUGUCGUCCCACAAACGCAUGUGCCGUCCCACAAAUGCACGUGUUUCCCCCAAACGCACGCGUUGUCCCGCAAACGCACGCGUUGUCCCGCAAACGCACGCGUUGUCCCGCAAACGCACGCGUUGUCCCGCAUAUGCACGCGUUGUCCCGCAAACGCACGUGUUUGCGUAUGGUUUUACAAUGUCGUUUUGUGGGACCUUAGCAACAAUAUUCAAGGGACGGAGGGUCUGAGUCAAGUAGCUGACGAAGUCUCGGUCGACGACUCGGAAUAAAAACUCCCCCAUGUAGGGUUUACGGGGGAGAGUUUUUAUGGCUUAGUAUGGUGCAAAAUGUGCUUUUAGACCACAAUUAGGGAUUGGCAGUCAAAAUAACGUUACUUGGAUAGGAGAAUUAUUCUUCUUUUUUAUAUUUUUGAUCCGAUGAACUAGUCGUGCAUGGGACGACAGGGGGAUUCAGGCUUGUCCAACGAGUAGAAAAUUCCCCCUGCUGGUGCCAACACUAAUACAGAUCUCAAGAAAACAUAGUGCAAAGAUUGCUUUGGGGAAGGAAAAUAGUAUAUCUGAAAAUAAGACGAGUUUAAAUUUCAAGUAUUUGCUUAAAAUCAGUUUGUAUUGAAAUUACGAGUGAUAGAGUGAGUGAAUGGGGAAAGGUCUAAUGAAGGAAUUGGAGAUUCUAAUAUGAAAUGGAAGAUGAGAGUAUUGUCUGUUGUUGCGGAGGGAGAUUGUCAUGGUUACAUUCCGUUGUUUAUACAAUUAAUUUUCGCUUUACUCGAUUAACUAAGUAUUUUUGAGGCAUUCAAGUGGCAUUGGUUGUAAAAAUAAUGUGCCAUAAAAAAGAUGUUCCAGAGUUAGUGCAAGGAAUAUGACAUCUUAACUACAGCUCCAGUACAACUUUAUGAUUCUCAAUAAUUGUGUACAGUAACAAAAAGAGACAGAACAAUCAAAAUAGUUUGAAAAUAAUAUAUUUCCAACUCAACAAAAUAUGUAUAUUUUGUUCAGACAUUUUGAAAAUAAAACAAAUUUCAAUUGGUAAGAACAAAAA